AUGAUUCAUCGACUGUCCAGAUGCUUACGGCGACCAACUGCUCGACGGUUGUGCUCGACUUUGGAUGUUGCAAAUAACCAUGAGAGUCCAGUCUCGAGAUACGUCGGUCAGCCUUCAUUCUACAGUCACCCUCAUCUGUUGGAUUCGAACGAAGUGACCGUUGGCUUGACGAAGACCGAAUACGCUGACCGACGGUAUACGUUGUUGCGAAGCUUGCGCAGGGAGAGCGGUUUGCGAGCCUCGUCGUCAGCCACUCACCUGGUCAUUGUGCCGGCUGCGUCUACACUCUACUCGGCACCGGACGUGCCUUUCGUUUUCCGUCAGGACUCGGACUUUUCGUACCUGUGCGGUUUCCAGGAACCGGACAGUCUACUGGUGAUGUACAAUGAGGGCGAGAAGUUCGUAUCUGCGAUGUUCGUCGCCGAGCGCGACCCGACGUCCGAAAUGUGGCAGGGUCUAAAGGCAGGUGUCGAUGGCGCGGUGCAGUUGACCGGCUUCCUCGCCCGGCACAGCAAAACGUUGCCCGUAGUGUGGUUGAACAGAAAUCCGAUCUGUAAACUCAACCAGCGUCUUGGUCCGGUGCUCGACUCGCUGCGCAUGUUUUCGGUGACCAGCCUCAACCCAAAUAAGGCUAUUCAAGAAAUGCGCUGGGUGAAGUCGGAAGCUGAAAUGAAACUGAUGCGCAAGGCAUCACUCAUCGGCUGUCAAGCGCUCACAGAGACCAUGCGUUAUUCGACGAUGACCAACGAAGAGUCGCACCUAAACGCCAAGAUGGACUUCGAAUGUCGCUGCUUGGGCGCCGAUCGUUUGGCCUACCCGCCGGUCGUAGCCGGUGGCAAUCGUGCCAACACCAUUCAUUACCUGGACGCUAACCAGCGAGUGUUACCUGGCGAACUUCUGUUGAUGGACGCCGGGUGCGAGGUAGGCGGCUACGUUUCGGACAUCACUCGCACAUGGCCCAUAUCUGGCCGUUUCAAUCCCCACCAAGCUGCGCUUUACGAGUGUCUUUUGGAGGUACAACAGCUGAUCAUUGCCAAGCUGCAGAGUCAUGAAUUGAACACGCUGCGCAACAUGUACUUCGAGAUGCUGGUUCAGCUUGGCGGUCGAUUGAAACGCUUGGGUGUCAUACCGUCGCAUCUGGCUGAUCCGGAAACCGUAGCAGAGGUAGAAAAGAUCUGCCCUCAUCAUGUCGGCCAUUACCUUGGCAUGGACGUUCAUGAUACGGAGGACAUUCCGAAAAGCAGACCGUUCGUUCCUGGCGUGGUCGUUACCGUAGAACCGGGCCUGUAUUUUCCUGCUGAUAAUACCAGGUUUCCAAAAGAGUUCCGAGGCAUGGGUAUGAGGAUUGAAGAUGACGUCGCGUUUACCGAUACGUCUGCUGAAGUCCUGACCAAAAGUUGUCCAAAACGCAUAAACGCUAUAGAAGAAGUGUUACAUUGCUGA